AUGCCGUCCGGUCAGCACUACCAGCCGGGAUCCCAGUCAAGCCGGGGAGGACUCGGUGUGGGAGUCCCACCCAAGCAACCCAAAUUUGUGAAGGAUGCCCCGGAUACCAAGACAAAGAAUUUAGUCAUCCGGCCCCCAGGCGACUUCCUCUGGGUAGAUUACCAGGAUGAUAAGUCUCAAGGCCGCGAAUUAUCCCGUUCUAAGCAGGCUUUCGUAAGGACCCGCCAUCAUCGCAUGCGAAGGGAGAAGCAGCUGCAACAAUUAAAAUCCCCUCCCGAUCAUCAGGGCCCCUCACCGUCCGAUUCAAGUUCUACUACGUCUUCUACUUCUUCUACCUCUUCUACUACGGCCACCAACCCUGAGAGAAACACUACUCGUGUGCCCAAGCAUGAAGAAGAUUACGAUGACAAUGUGCUGGAAUGUCGCAACCACUAUCAAGCUUCCCAGCAAUGCCCAUUAAUAAAUAACUCCAUCGGAGCUGGGGUCCUCGAUGGAAGUCCUGCUCUGGCCGUCUCCAUUGACCAAAAUCCAAAUAUUUACUUCCAACAUUAUCGAAUUCAUAGCUCAAGAUCAUGCUUCCCUCUUUGCUCCAGCGGGGUGGUAGUCUGGUUUUGGCAAAAGGCCCUCGAAGAUCCCGCCUUGAUGCAAAUUAAAUUAUCAAUCAGCGCAUCUCACCGUGCUGCGAUUCUCGAAUCAUGUGGUGCUCCACCGGACAUGAUUCGGAAACCCGCACAGGAUGCACUUCGCCUCCGCGUUGGAACGAUCAAAUCAGUCCAGGAGCUAUUGCAAAAUAAAGCCAAGAUAUACGCUGGCUCAACCAUCUUUAUUAUUUCUCAUCUUAUUGUCGCAGAGGUAAGAAUUUCUGUCACCGCCCUCGUUCUCGUGGGCUCGGCUUCGGGUCUUGGUAUGGAAGGCAAUGUCGAGGCCGUCGAAGCACAUAUAAAUGGUAUGGAUAAAAUAAUUGCCGGGGCAGGUGGACUGGAUGCUCUUGAUUUUGGCCUACUGGCUAUGGUUUAUAGCUGCGCAUUCGUUCGAGGGCUGAUAACUCAAUCACCACCGGCACUCUACAUGUGUUCUAAAUUCCAGAACAGAGUAUUCAAAGAGUCCGCCUUUUUCAAACUGAACAACCGAUUUACAAAACUAUCCAAACUCUCCAAUCUCGGCACCAGUUUCCUCGACUCACCUUGGUCGAGAGAUAUUCCGCCCAUGUUCAAGUCGAUUAUUUCUUUGUUCCAGCAGCUGGUGACCUAUUACGAGAGCUUGGACAUUGUCGUUGCCGAACCGAUGUCCGUUGAAAAUGACUGUUUACUAUUUUUGGGUUAUCGGCUACUGGCUCUACCAUAUCAGUGUGUGCUCACGCCGUUUCAAGAAACGCUGCGACUCACAAUCUUGACCUACGCGUCUGUAAGAGUUUGGAGCUUUUACGGCAUGGCUUGUUUGGAAGCUCAUACUGAGACGCUACGACAAAGCCUACUCGGGAGUCUUCCAGUGAUUCGAAGCACUGCUCCCGACCUACUGUUUUGGGUUCUCUUCAUAGGCAGUCUUGCGUCCAGAGGAAUGAGAUGUCAUCCGUGGUUUCUGACUCGCCUCGUGGAUGCCGCAGACCAGUUAGGGCUGGAAGGUUGGGAUAGUGCGGUCCCUAUAUUAGAGAGGUUUUUCUUCGUCUGUCGGUUGAGAGAUGAACCUGCCAGAGACUUGUGGAAUUCCGCAUUCCGCUGA